AUGUCUCAAAACACAGAAGCUCGAUCAUUCAUUCAGAGAGUUCAAGGUCUCCUGAAAGGCGCUGGUGUUUCUCUUGACGAUGUCCUUCAACCUUCUCUCGAUGAUGAAGCUGACCUUCGAAAGCUCUUUGCUACAGACAGGCAAAACCCACGUUUGAAUGACAAACAUGUCAGUCUUGUCAACAUUUUUGACACUCCAGAAUAUAUUAAAACUGUCAGAGCUCGAGUUGUAAAGGGUGAAGAAGAUUUGACUGCCAAAUAUGUUAUGCCUCUCUCCGAAACAGAAAGGAAGAAAGAAGGCAAGCUAUGUAUGGUGCCUAACUUGGAGGAGUUCAAGAAGAACUGGUCUGUUUUCACUGAGGGAUCCCUUUCUCAGCUAUCAGAUUGGAGCAACGUCGUGGCUGCUGGGGGGUCAGUCCUAGCAUGUCUUUCGCCGCUUCCAGAGCCUGCCAAAGCUUCCAAGAGGUCAAUCAGAAAAUACUAUCAUUCCAUGGCCUAUCCUAUUACUUCAGACGUUGAUAUCUUUCUCUAUGGCAUGACUCCUGAACAGGCGCGUUGUCAACUGUUCUUGUAG